AUGGAUGAGAACUCAACGACGCCCGUUCCAAUCUCCCCUCUACUUCAAAAGUGCUUUGACGAUUCCUACUUGUUGUUGAUGCCGGAAAUCGAGAGGAUUAUUAAUAAUUAUAUCUUCCCAAUCCAAUUCAUGAUCACCGUCGUUGGAAACCUCUUGACCAUGACAGUACUUCUUGGCGGACACAUCAAGAAUCGGGCAAAUCAUCUUCUCACAUGUCUCGCUCUCUGCGAUAUACUUGUGUUUUUCAUGAUGCUCCCCCACUACCUCGCUUCUAUUGACAUGUUCGCUCGUUCGUGUGUAUUCCGUCUUUUUUAUUUCCACUCGAAACCCAAUUUCGGAGCACUGAUCAACUGGUUUUCAGCAGCGGCUAUUUGGUUUGUUUUGGCUGUUUCUCUGGAGCGACUUCUGAUCAUCAAGUUUCCCUUCCGAUCAUUGGAUGUCAACAAUGGAAAACAAAUUAUGGUUGUCUCUGUGGGUAUCAUGGUUUUUACUUUGAUUCUCACCAGCUAUCAUCAUCUCUCUCAUACGUGUGUUAGCUUUAUUGCUUGUCACGGGACCCAGAUAUUGGGAAAGUGCUACUCGAACUCCGAUGAUAUGCACGGAAAGAAAUUAAAUCCAACAUCAGCACUUAUCAAAAAGUACCUUCACAUGUCUGUCUACGCGAAUGCUAUUUUGGCUGUGCUCCUUCCGAUUUUUGCUGUCGCCGUUUUGAACAUCUCACUAAUCCGGCUGGUGAAACGUCGGAGAUCUGAAGAACUUCUCGUCCGAAAUGCCGCCGGACCAUCGAGCAUGGCUGAGCAGGAAAAGAAAAUGACACACACAGUGCUGGCGAUUGUUUCAUGCUUCACACUCACACAGGGACCAUCAGCCAUUGUUUUCAUUUCACAGAAGAUUUUCCCACCCAACCAAUACACCAUCUACAUCUCUGUGGUUGCCAAUCAACUAGUGCUCACUGGAAAAAUGCUGAACGUAGUUUUGUUCUGUUUAACAUCUGAAACCUUCCGACGACGUCUAUGGCAGACAUGUCGCUUCUGGUGCCAGCUCAUCUUCUACGCAGGACGCAGCAAAACGUCGAGGUCGAACUUCACGCGUUCAAAGUCGGUCAUCACUCAAAAAACGUCAAUUGUCUACUCUCCAUGCUCCCGAAACUUCUCUACAACCCGAAAGAUCAGCAGUUCAAGUGUGAUUAGAGGGGGAGCUGCUCCGUUGGUCUCAAAUCCAUCAACCGACAGUUUCCCAACACCACCGGCCAGCACUUCCAGAACCACCACUCAAACAACACAAGUUUAG